CAGGAAGGUGUGCGUGUGUGUGUGUGUGUGUGUGUGUGUGUGUGUGUGUGUGUGUGUGUGUGACGGCAGCCUAACGAAACACGGCCAAGUGUGUUUUCUGAGCAGCUCACUUUUUCAGAGAGUUUUGUCAGUUUCGUUGCCUGUGAAUGUAGACGCAUGCCUGAGGAGGACUAUUAGCACCAUCAAAGUCAAAAUGGAUUUCCAACACAGGGCAGCGCUGGAUAUCUCCACCAGGAACCCUCAGGAUGAUUUUGAGAUCCUGCAGAGGGUCGGAGGAGGAACAUACGGGGAAGUUUACAAGGCCCGUAGCAAAGAAAAUGGAGAGCUGGCCGCCAUCAAGGUCAUCAAGAUGGAAGCAGAUGAUGAUUUUUCUGUCAUCCAGCAGGAGAUCGUCAUAGUGAAGGGCUGCAAACAUCCCAACAUAGUGGCUUAUUACGGCAGCUACAUCCGAGACAAUAUACUGUGGAUCUGUAUGGAGUUCUGUGGAGGAGGCUCCCUGCAGGAUAUCUACCAUGUGACUGGUCCUCUGGCUGAGCCACAGAUUGCUUACAUCUGCAGGGAGAUGCUGCAGGGUCUGGACUACCUGCAUGCACAGAAGAAAAUCCACAGAGACAUCAAGGGUGCCAACAUCCUCCUCAACGACCAGGGAGAGGUCAGGCUGGCUGACUUUGGGAUCUCGGCUCAGAUCACUGCCACUCUGGCCCGGCGGAUGUCCUUUAUCGGGACGCCGUAUUGGAUGGCUCCGGAGGUGGCGGCGGUGGAGAUUAAAGGAGGCUACAAUGAACGCUGCGACAUCUGGUCUGUGGGCAUCACCGCCAUCGAGCUGGCGGAGCUACAGCCGCCAAUGUUCGAUGUCCACCCGCUGCGAGUCCUGUUUCUCAUGUCCAAGAGCAGCUACCAGCCUCCCAAACUGAAGGACAAGGCUAAAUGGUCCUCCAUGUUCUAUAACUUUGUAAAGGCCAUGUUGGUGAGGAACCCGAAGAAGAGACCCAGUGCCUCCAAGAUGCUCUCUAACUUGUUUUUGACCCGGCAGUGCCUGAAGCGGGAGCUGACCCUGGACCUGCUGGAGAAGUAUCGAAACCCUGAGAAACACAAGUCCUGCCUGGUGACGGAGGACGACGAGAUGGAGGUGACGCUGCCUGGAACCCUGAGGAGGAUCCAGUCUGUCAACAAACACAACCAGGCAGAAAGGACGCACUCUGACAGCAGCAUGGAGCAGAUUUAUACUCUGAGGCCGAUGAAGAAAUCACCAAAAGAAACCUUAACGGCUUCACUUGGCAGCAGCAGCAGCAGCAGCAGCAAGAGUCCAUUGAGGGAUCAGGACACAGACGACAGCGACGACGACUAUGACGAUGUGGACAUCCCCACGAUGCCGGCCCACAGUCACUUAAUGCCAGCCGAUGAAACUCCACCUCCACUCCCUCCGAAGCCCAAAGCUCGGACCAGCUCCGAGGAGAGCGUGGUGGGGGAGGACGACCGGACCAGGAAGCUCUGCUCGCUGUACGCCCCCGUCCCUCUCACCAGGACCUCCAGUGAGACGCAGGUUCGACCUACGCCCCGACUGCAACCCUCGCGACUCUCAGACCCUAUGUGCUUACCUGUCCCUUUGAUUGACAACCCAGCAGACCUCGUUCCUCCUGACCUCCCCCCUAAAAGCAGACACAGACGGACACAACCCCCCAAAAAGGAGGCUGCUGAGUAUGUCAGCCCCGUCAUGAAGAAACCACCCGUCUACUUUAAAAAGAUCUUCCAUGGCUGCCCUCUCAGAAUCAACUGCUCCACGACGUGGGAAAACCAAGCUACCAAAGACCAGCACCUGAUCCUGGGGGCAGAGGAAGGGAUCUACACCCUGAACCUGAGUGGCCCAGAGGCCACGAUGGAGCUGCUGUAUCCGGGGAAGUGUACCUGGGUCUACACCAUUAAUAACGUCCUCAUGUCUGUAUCAGGUAAAUCCUCGCAGCUUCACUCCCAUUCGCUGAAGGAGUUGUACGAGCAGGCUCGGAAGGACCAGAGGAUGGUUUCCUUGUCGACUCACAGACUGUUACCUAGGAAAUGUGCAGUGACGUGUAAAAUACCGGACACCAAAGGAUGCAAGACCUGCUCAGUUGCGGAUAACACGGAGCAAGGCUGCGUGUUCCUGUGCUGCGGUCUGGAGGCCAGCGUCGUGCUGCUGCAGUGGUACGAGCCCAUGCGCAAGUUCAUGCUCAUUAAGCAUUUUGACUUCCCCCUGCCCAACCCUCUGCGGGUGUUCGAGACGGUGACGGUGCCCCAGCAGGAUUACCCGCUGGUGUGCAUCGGCGUCUCUCUGGGGUCCAACCCCAACGUGCCCGUCGUCGUCGAGUACAUCAACCUCAACUCCAACACAUCCUGGUUCACCAACCCGGGCCUGGAGAGACCUUGCCAAGAUGUAGUUCAAGUAAACCAGUUAAGCAGCAGCUCACUGCUGGUCCUCAUAGAAAAGUCAGUACAUAUAGUCGGUCUGAAGGGGGAGCUGAAGAGCAAAAGGGCUUCAACACAGGACACCACCUUCUCCCAUGCUAUCGAGUCUAUAGUGUAUUUCGAGGACACGCUGCUGGCAGUGUGGCGUCACGGCUGGCAGAGGAGAGGACGAGGUUUCACUGAGCUGCUGGAGGAAACCACCGACCACAGAAAGAUCUACAGACUGGUGCAGUCCGGCAGAAUGGUCGUCCUGGAGACGCGUCAGACCGAGGACCAGUCGGGGCUUUCCAACCUGUACGUUCUGGAAAUUGCAGAGAACUACGUCAUGCUGCGCUGACUCUCCCGUAUGCUGGCGCGGGGCAUCAUGGGAAACUCCACGCAGGACUUUCAUCUGUCAUCAUUACCUGUGGCGGGCGUGGAUACCUUAAUAUUUAAAACAUGUUAAUAUGACGAGAGGAGAUACGUUGAAGGGUUAAAGGAUGUUGCAAAAUUCAAACUGACAAAAGAGGAAAGUUGAGUGUGGCCUCCAAUGUGAGGGAGUCUGCUCUUAUUUAUGCUGAUUUCUACUUGUGUGAUCCAGAACAACUUCCAGAAUCCAGACAGCUGAGAAGAGCCUACAAUAAACAGUGAAGGAAGGUCCUCCUCUAACACUAAAGAGGAGUAUCUACUUGCUGAUGUCUUCCAGCAAAUGCGUGGAUGGACUCAUGCUGUGUAGUUUGUGUGCCAGUGUUCAAGAUGCCAUUAUAUCGUAAUAAAGUCAAUAAACACAUGA